AUGGCCGCGCCAGACAAGGAGAGCUCUAGCACGACGCAAGAUCCUGCCAACAUGCGGUGGCAAUUUAUCGACGCUUCCGACAAUAGUCGAAGCAACCUGACACAGGUUAAACGUCAUGUCAUGCAAGAGUAUAUACGCCAAAAGAAAGGGAGCUCACGCAACAGCGAGAGUGAAGAAGAUUCUAGCCCUCCGACUAAGCGCGGUCGGCCCAAGAAGACCAGAGCUGCGAAACGCAAAUAUACGAAAAAAGCAGCGGGGGCCGACAAAGGCUCCAAUCAGCCAAAGCCAGCCAAGAGUAAAGCAGCUGCAGAAGAGGAAGAAGCCGCGCCCGCUGAUAUUGAGGAAAUCGCCCAGGACAUUAUAUCCGAGGCGGUUGACCCGUCAUUAGUAGUUGAGAAGACUGUCGCUUUACCUUUCCGCACAUCACCAUUGCAAUCUCAAGAAUUCCCAUCUCAAUUGGGUGAUUUCAUCGACAUAUCUUCUCAUAGUCAGAGCCAAAUAACAGACUUCCGAAGUCUUACAGCAGGGUCUUCAACACCCACGACGCCACUCGAAUUCACAAGGUCACCUCGAACUAUCCUAAGUGCAGCGCGAACAGACCCAUUCAACACUCUUCCGUUGGAACUAAAUCGUGAAGAACAGAAGCUCUUUGACUUUUACGUGAAUGAGAUGCCUGCUUGUUCAUAUGGGUCUCAUUUUCGAUCGGCCAAGGCCCACAACUGGUACACCAAGGUCUUUGUUCCAGAGGGAAUGAAAGGAGCUGUGGCAUUUCAAAAUACUAUUCUAGUCCACGCCGCGAAUACCUGGGCCUGGGUCCGUAACGAGACUGAAACCUCCAAUACCCUUGUACAUCGAGACCGGGCCGUCACGAUGCUCCGUGAACAUUUAACCAACAACCCCCGCGAUAACUCGGACGUCGCUAUCAUCUCGUGCUUGAGUGCAGCUGCGCUUGAGGACUUUGAUCCCCGCCCUGGCCAUAAAGAGAUCAGCUGGGUGCAUAUGCGUGCGGCUCGCGAGAUGAUUCGGUCGCGAGGAGGACCCGUUGCUUUUGAAAAUACCCGGCUUGGAAUGUUGAUCAAUUGGCAAGAUUAUAUCCUCUCGGGUUACGAAACUCACGGGUCGAGUUUCUUCUUCGAGCAAUGCCCGCCUGUCUCCUCCGUGUCUGAACCUCCUCGCUCAUCAUCCCAACCUCAAUCCUCCAAUAACCUUCAAUCUAUACCCUCCCCUCCAGAAUCCACGCCCUCUGCAUGCUCAGACAUCACUUCCCUGGAACCUAUUCAAACCAUCGUUCCCCUCCAUAUAAGCUCUCCCAUUGACGAAAUUCGACUCCAAUGUGAAGAAUUUCUUGAUUUUCUCCGCCGCUGCGAGCAACUUGCUCUCUACCAAAUGGAUAACCGAGAGACUUGUGAUAUUUCCCGGCAGACAGCAGUCCAGCCGACCUCCAUUCUAUAUCAGACCCUGGCUGCCCCUCCAGGUGCUCGAUUCACUGCAUCUGGAGAUCGGAAACAAAUGGUUGCUCGCCUCACAGCUCUAAUGAUGCUUAAUGCCGCCCUCUGGGAUUAUCGAUAUACACCUAUUCGUGCUGGGGUAUUCUUGAAGAUACUAGAACAAGCCAUGGUAGACAGCGAAGUCAACAUGAGCGGCUCUGUCGAAGCAAUCCUUCAAAUUCUCCUCGAGUGCAAUGACGGUCCUAGAGACGCCUCGUCCGCAGUUACAGAUGGAAUCGUGUCGCCUGCUUUCUUGGAGGAGCUUCCAGACUUCACUCAAUAUUCUCCUACUGCGACCUCUCCGUCCGCACGUCCCUGGUUUGCCGGUCGGAUGCUAAAGAUUGCGAAGAGAUUGAGCGCUGACUCGUGGCAUCGGCUCAACGACUUUCUUUUCUCAUGUCUCACCCUGCAAAUACAGGAGUCAUCCGUAUAUCUGUGGGAGCCAGAUUUACGCCAAGAGAUCCUUAGUGCCCCAUUGACGAGCUAUAUCAUGCCUUCACUAUUUAAGUGA